AUGAAGUUUCAUCAGUUGAGACUAAAAGAUGUUUCUUAUUCAAAUACCUAACUUAAACAAGAAGACCGUCAAAUAAAAACAGAAUUCGGAAAUUUAAGCACAUCAAGAGCUAAAGUGGCAGUAAUUAAACAGUUUGUAACAGAAGAUAAUGAUACGGGAAGAUCAAGUAAUAAUGAGAAGGAAUUAUUUACGAAGAUGCAAAAUUUAGAAUUUCAGAAUGGUUUAUUUUAAAUGCAGAUGUAGCAUAUUCACAAAAGAAAGAAUUUAGAAGAUUUCACUAUUAGAUAAUAAUUAACUUAGAUUUAACAGGAUAUUUAGAAUAUUCAAAAUAGAGUGCAAUCUGUAAAAGUAAAUAUUGAUAAAAUAUUCGUUAAGAAUAAAAGCAGUAGAAAGAAAAUCAACUUAAGUUCAUCAUCAAGCAGCAGUGAAGAUGUCGGAAGAUUAGAGAUUGGAUUUAAUUAUAGGAAUAACUAGGAUUAAAUGCUUUAAUAAUAUAAAGAAUUAUUUGAGGUUUGCAAUGGACACGAAAAAUUGAGUACAUUGUUUUCUAAUUAUUGUGGAUCCAUAAAAACAAUAGAAAUAGAUAUAGUUUAAUAGAAUUUCUAAUUGCUAAUAUAGCAAUUAAUAAAGAUGAUGAUAGAUAUUUUGAAAAAAUUUAACUCAAUAAAGAUUGAUUAAUUAAAGAAUACACCUGAUAAAUAAUAAUGUAAUUUUGAAUUCGGAACUUUCAAUAAGGAAUAAAAGAAGACAUUAAGAACAACUGAAAGCCCAUCUUUUAAAAAGAAUCAGGAUUUAGAGGAUAUGAAAUUAAAAUUGAAUGAUCAUUAUGAUAAAUAUGAACAAGAAAAAGAGAAUAGAGGAUCAGAUAUAAAUAAAAAAUAAGAGAAGAAUACAUAGAAUCAAAAGAAGUAAAUAGUUAAUAAUAAUAAUAAUAAUAAUAAUAAUAAUAAUAAUAAUAAUAAUAAUAAUAAUAAUAAAUAAAGAAUUGAUUUAAUUCCAAGUUUAAAAAGGAAAGCCAAACCUAGAUAAUAACAUAAUAUUUGA